GUUACGCACUCUCUCCGUCCACAUCGUUGAGCGUCUUGGACUCUAUAAUAUGUCACGGACUUUUGGGACAAUCUUGAAAUGACCGAACUACAGGCACGACUUUGAAUUCAUCUCACACGGACCCGCUCCGCUCCUCCCCAAAGAACCGAAAUGAGCGUCGCGCGCCGGAGGGGGAAAACCGGGCAUGUCGUUUACUUCUAAACAUUUAUGCCUUGUUCUUAGACAGUAUUUGUCAGGAAACCUUGACUUAUGGAAUGCGUUCUGAUUUUUUAGUGCUUCAGGGUGUGUUUUAAAACUUUUGAGUAGCCUAAUUAAUGCGCACGUUAGUGUCUCGCCAUGAAGUGCUCAUGUUCCAGUUACGAUUUAAGAUGAAAAUUCAGCUGAAAUAUUCAUAUCAAUGUGGAGUUAUGGCGGUAUGGACGUAUCUUUGAUUAGUAAUAGCAACUCAAAUUAACUAAUAACAUACAGACGCGCUCUAUGAGGCUUUUCAAAUGUAUCACCUGAACACUUUUUGUUCACUUGCUGGUUAUCACGAGUUAAAGGGAUAUGAUAUUUUUACGUUUAAUUAGUAGCUAAUUGUGUUACAUGCCCUGAUACAAAUUUGGUAUUAUUUUUCUGAUUACAACAAUCACUUUUGUUUUGAAAAAUAUUUGAUAGUGUAAGUUUUGCAGUCUGCUUAAUCAAUUAUCGGUUUAGCGAUAAAAAAACAAAAACAAAUAAACAAUAGCGUCCAACGACGACAUUAUCGGGAACAGGAAACAAAAGUGUCUACAGGUAAAUUAAUAAAUUUUUUAUUGUUGUUUUCACAAAUUAUAGAAAAGUUGUUGGCUAUGUAAUAGACAUUAAUUCUUAAGUAUGAUGUGUUGAUACUGUUUUUCAAGAUUAGUGAAGAAUUAGAGAGAAUGAUGAGUUAAUGAUAUUCUUUGCAACUAAACAGGCUAUUUAAGAAACAACAUUAUUAUUAAAUUCACAGUUUAGAAUGUUUUUAAUAAUGCAUUAAUUUAGAUUAUAUACCCAAUAAUAAGCUAUGAUAAUAAUUGGGCUGUUAUUGUGUAAAACAUCAAAAAUUGGUUCUGAAUAUCAACUGUAGGACACUUAAUACAAAUAAUCAUUAUCGGUUGUUAAACUGUAUCGGUCGAUCUCUGCUGUAUAUGGUGCUCUAGUUUGCUUGUGUAAACACAAUAAUGUUGGGUAGUCCUUCCAAUAACGGAGGCAUUAGGAUGCUGGCCCCCCCUGGAUCCAACGAUGACAGGCGGGUUGAGUUUGUGGCUCUCACGGCUGUUCAUACGGAAAGAAGCGAACCGUCCAGCCCAGAGCGAGGACACCCGUCUCACCGCACCGGCUUACUGGGCACGCCACUGCCGGCGCCACCGGGCCCGAGGGCGACCCCUUCUGCCUCCAGCAAACGCUACAGAAAGUUGCAGAACUGCCUGUACAACGUGCUCGAAAGACCCAGAGGAUGGGCGUUCAUCUAUCACGCCUUCAUUUUUCUCCUAGUGUUCAGCUGUCUGGUGCUUUCUGUUUUCUCCACCAUUCCAGACCAUCAUAAAUAUGCCAACGAAGCACUCUUCAUCCUGGAGUUUGUGAUGAUCGUGGUUUUUGGGCUGGAGUAUUUCGUGAGGGUGUGGGCCGCCGGAUGCUGCUGCCGGUACAGAGGAUGGCAGGGCCGGCUACGGUUCGCCAGAAAACCCUUCUGUGUCAUAGACUUCAUUGUGUUUGUGGCGUCGCUGGCAGUGAUAGCAGCAGGCACACAGGGAAACAUCUUCGCCACAUCUGCUCUGCGCAGCAUGCGUUUUCUGCAGAUCUUGCGCAUGGUGCGCAUGGACCGCCGGGGAGGAACCUGGAAGCUGCUGGGCUCUGUGGUGUACGCUCACAGCAAGGAGCUGAUCACAGCCUGGUAUAUUGGCUUCCUCGUUCUGAUCUUUGCCUCCUUCUUGGUCUAUUUGGCUGAGAAGGAAGAAAACCAAGAGUUUUCAACUUAUGCUGACUCCCUCUGGUGGGGAACAAUCACCCUCACGACGAUCGGCUACGGUGACAAGACGCCGCGCACCUGGCAAGGUCGGCUUUUAGCGGCUUGCUUUGCCCUGCUGGGAGUGUCCUUCUUUGCCCUGCCCGCUGGCAUCCUGGGUUCGGGUUUUGCUCUGAAAGUACAGGAGCAGCACCGGCAGAAACACUUUGAGAAGAGAAGGACUCCCGCUGCCAACCUCAUACAGGCUGCAUGGCGUCUCUACUCUACAGAUGCUCAGCACUCAUAUCUCACAGCCACCUGGUAUUUCUAUGACAGUAUGCUGCCGUCCUUCAGAGAACUGACAUUACUGUUCAGUCACCUCCAACGGCAGCGUAGCACCAAGAAGGUUCUCCACAACUCCUACCACACCCUGCUGUCGGGGCUCCGGCCGUACAGCUCCCCCUACCUGUCGGGGGACAGUGGGAAGAUGGGCUUCCGGGACCGCAUUAGGAUGAACAAUUCCCGCUCCUCUCAGGCUAUCCGGAGCAAGGCUUCUCCUUUGCCCCCAGGUAAUGUACGGCGCUCGCCCAGCACGGAGAACGUUCCUGAAGCCACCAGCCCCGGCAAGGUCCAGAAAAGCUGGAGCUUCAAUGAUCGGACUCGAUUCCGUACAUCUCUCCGCCUAAAACCACGACCCGCUGCAGAUGUGGAAGGAGUAGGAGAAGAGCACACAGAGGACAAAUCUUACUGUGACGUUGCCAUGGAGGAUGUGAUUCCAGCAGUGAAGACCCUAAUUCGAGCCGUUAGGAUUCUGAAAUUCCUGGUGGCCAAGAGGAAGUUUAAGGAAACCCUGCGGCCAUACGAUGUGAAAGAUGUGAUCGAGCAGUAUUCAGCAGGACACCUCGAUAUGCUGGGCAGAAUCAAGAGCCUGCAGAUGAGGGUGGAUCAGAUCGUGGGCCGUGGUGCCAUUUCAUCAGAUAAAAAGGUGAGGUCUGAAAAAGGAGAGAAAACUCCUCCUGAACUGGAACAGAUGGACGAAUUAAGCAUGAUGGGGCGAGUGAUGAAAGUGGAGAAACAGGUGCAGUCCAUCGAAAAUAAGAUGGACCUGCUACUAAACUUCUACUCGCAGUGCCUAAAAAAGGGCUCGUCCCACUUCACCCUGUCGUCCCUGAUGGACCCAGACUUGACCUCCGACUACCACAGUCCGACUGAUCAACGUGACCUGUUCCCCUCAGCAAACACCCUUAAUAUCUCACACUCGGACAGUGGCAACAUGGAAUGACCCGACAAAUCCCCACACUAACCUUGCACAGUUCCUCCAAACAACUGCUGUAUCUCACAUGGGUUCCUCCUUUGCACAGUGGAUGCUGGCUUCUGGCCGACUUUUCUAGCGUACGCCUCGCAAACUACGCUCUUAUAUUUCACAAUGCUCGCAAAGUUUUUACUUUUGCGUGCCUGUAGUAACAGUCUCUCUCUUUUUAUUUCAUUCCACCUGAUUCAGGAAAGUUUUAGAGAAACAUCCUCACAAGACAUUAUUGAGGUUGUGUGUUGAACAUUUGAGUCUCUUUAUAUCAGUCUUCCAAAAUAGGAGGGGACAAAUAACUUGACUGGUACAAAACUGUCCCCUCCCAAGUUCCUUUUACCUUGAUGGUGUUUCUUUUUUGGAAAGCCAAUAUUGUUUCUUGGUUUUGUUGAGGGUUUGAUGAUCAAUAGACCCCCAGAACAGUUCUAUUUUUCUCUCUGUCUUUUUUCUAAGAAAUCAGGGCAUUGCGAAGUGAAUUUGAUUUUCGGGCUCUCCUUCUCGGCCUUAAACUUUGGCCCGAUGCAAUAGACUCCAUGUGCCACAAGCUUCUAAUGAAUGUACUGCAUCCAGUACUCUUCGAGAAAUCGGCAUCACAGAUUGCUGUAAAGAACAGCAUGAUGGACUUAUGGACAGUGUUUCCACCAAAGCAUCAUCUCCUGUCAUUUGCAUCCUGCAUGGUUCCUCUUGGCACUUCAGGAAGGAAGGAACUUGAAAACUUGAGGCUCUCAGGCUUCCUUCACACGUGACUUUGGCUUGUUGGGCUCCUCUCUUCUGACAUCACCCUGCCACUGCGUCCCCUCUCAGAAGCCCACCGUGCAAAAAACCAAGAACAUCAAAUAAAUAAGAAUAUUCUUUGAUUAAAUAGCCAGUGUUAAAGUGCAUGUUAAUAGUUUGAGUAGUUCAAGCUAGUUUGUUUAAGUUAGCUCUGUUGCUCUGGCCUUCUCUCCGAUCUCUUCAUUCUGCAUGUGCAUCAGUUCAAUAAGUAGGUCUUCUCCCCCAAUAUGACUCGCGAUCAGUUGAGAUUUAAAGGGAUAAUUCACUCAAAGAUGUACGAGGAACUAUUAUACUUAUACUUAAAUUAACUUUCUUUGGUGUGUGAUGUUAGUGUUUAAGCAUGAAAAGCUCUGCAAAGUUAUAAAGUCACUUCACAAAGUGUCGCUGUUUCUGAACUCCAUGAAACGCCUCCAUUGUAGUCUUGAGUUUUCUUCCGGGAACAAACACGUCACAAUAUCCCUCAUUUAAAUAAUUCCCGUUCCUAUGCAAAAUAAAGGGAUGGGGCCUGGUUGAGUUAGUUAGUAGUGUGUUGAAACUGGAGGUGCGUUCCUUUCGACCGUAAGUGGACUGCGAAGUGGACUUCACAGGGUAUUUCGC